AUGGAAGAUCAAAUUAAUAGAAGGUUAUCAGUAUUAUCUGAUCAUUUACAAACAAAUCAAGUCAGUUCAAACACUGAAAGUAAUGAUGUUGAUUCUCUAGAUUACUACAGUAUUACACAGCUACUUAGCAAUGAUCAACUGGACAUUAGAAACAAAGCUAAACAAUUUGCAGAACAACAUAUACAACCUAUUGUAAAUGAAUACUAUGAAAAAGCAGAGUUUCCAAUGCAUUUACUACCUAAACUCAAAGAAUUGAAUUGGGCUGGUUCAAAUAUUAAAGGUUAUUCUUGUCCUGGUAUUGAUGCAGUUUCAUGUGGAUUGAUUGCUUUCGAAUUUGCAAAGAAGAGUGCGGAUAUCGCUACUUUCUUUGGUAUUUUACAGACUAUAUCGAUGUUGCCAAUAUACUAUUGUGGUAGUGAGAAACAGAAGCAAUAUUACUUACCAAAGAUGGCAUCGAUGGAAAAGAUUGGUGCAUUCGGUCUAACAGAACCCAAUGCUGGUAGUGAUGCCGCCGGUCUCUUCUGUGAAGCCAAACAGAACUCGGAUGGAACCUGGACUUUGAACGGUGAGAAGCGUUGGAUUGGAAAUGCUCCAUUUGCAGACGUUGUUAUCAUUUGGGCAAGAAACACAGACACCAAACUAAUCAAUGGUUUCGUCAUUGAAAAGAAUACUCCUGGAAUGACUGUUGAGACCAUAAAUAAUAAGAUUGCAUUGAGAAUGGUACAAAAUGGACAUAUCUAUUUAAAGAAUUGUAUAUUAUCAGAUGAAAAUAGAUUACCUUUAGCCAAAGACUUUGGAAGUGGACCUGGCAAAUCGUUGUUCCUUACCAGAAUCGUUGCUAGCUGGAUAGCUUUGGGUAUCGCUUGCUCUGCCUAUGAAAGUUGUAUUAAAUAUGUAAAAGAGAGAAAGCAAUUCGGACAAUCGCUGGCAAAGUAUCAAUUGGUUCAAGAGCGCUUGGUAAAGAUGCUCGGUAUCAUUCAAUCGAUGUCACUUAUGACUCUAAGAAUAUCACAUCUUUUCGAUCAAAAUAAGCUUACCUACGGACAAGUUGGAUUGUUAAAAGCACACAACACAUCACACGGUCGUCAAGUAGUCUCAAUGGCCAGAGAAUUGCUCGGUGGCAAUGGAAUAGUCACCGACUUUGGUGUUGCCAGAAGUUUUGUAGAUAUGGAGGCUGUACAUACAUUUGAAGGAACCUACGAUAUCAAUACAUUGAUCACCGGUAGAGAAAUAACUGGAUUUCCAGCUUUCAAAACUGGAAAAUAA